CUGACCCCGCCGCCCCCUUCUCCUCCCCCCCAGCUCUACUACCAGGUGCUGAACUUCGGCAUGAUCGUCUCGUCCGCCCUCAUGAUCUGGAAGGGGCUGAUGGUGGUGACGGGCAGCGAGAGCCCCAUCGUGGUGGUGCUGAGGCAAAAUGGCGACAUCAAAUUUUUGACGAAGGGAGACAAUAAUGCUGUGGAUGACAGAGGGCUGUACAAACGGGGGCAGCACUGGCUGGAGAAGAAGGACGUAGUAGGACGAGCAAGAGGAUUUGUGCCCUACAUUGGAAUAGUGACCAUCUUAAUGAAUGAUUACCCAAAAUUUAAGUAUGCAGUCCUCUUUCUACUGGGUUUGUUUGUGCUGGUCCAUCGAGAGUAGCCUGUUGCACUGAAGUACGUAGUGAAGAUUCCAUGGAUUUUGUAGAUGAACAUUUUAAGUAGAAGAUGAUGGUCCAAUGUGCCGGGAGGAAGAAGAAAACGUACAUUUCAAAGCUUCUUGCCAGUUUGGGUUUGUUUUGUUUUUUUACUGCCUACGGGCGAAUGUUUGUCACAGUAUUUCCAAUGGUUUGUCACAUUUUAGCAUUUUUAGUGAGGUUUUUUAUAUUAAAACUUUAUGCCAAACUGUUCAGUGUUUGUACUUUGAAGCUGAGCUUCCUCUCCAAGUGCCUACAGGACUGUUUCCUUUAAGUCUGUGCCUCUGCUGGGCAAAUGUGACCUCUCCCCAUGUUGACUGAACUGUCAAAUGGUGAUCUGUGGAGGUGAUGGUUUUUUUACAAUUUAGAACUGGAAUAAAGAUUUUACAUCUUGCCCAGCA